GUUUCUACAACGCACAGCCGGAAGUUUCUGUCCUUGGGUUUACAGAGAUACAUAAAAACUGAUGUGCGGGUUGCACCUGCCCCACUCAGGUGUGGAUCCCGGGGUCUGGUGAAGCGGGGAGGACGGUGAGAUCGUAAGGGACACCAACGCGGGAAGGCGGAGAACACAAGCAGAACCCAGACCCGGUACUGACUCUUGACCUCGGGGGUGCUCCCUCAUCUCUCAGGCGUGAUGGCUACGGGCGCGGAUGUACGGGACAUUCUGGAGCUCGGGGGUCCAGAGGGAGAUGCCUCUUCAGGGACCAUCAGCAAGAAGGAUAUUAUCAACCCCGAUAAGAAAAAGUCAAAGAAGUCCUCAGAGACACUGACCUUCAAGAGGCCUGAGGGCAUGCACCGGGAGGUCUAUGCAUUGCUUUACUCUGACAAAAAGGAUGCACCCCCAUUACUACCCAGUGACACUGGUCAGGGGUAUCGCACAGUGAAGGCUAAAUUGGGGUCCAAGAAGGUUCGGCCUUGGAAGUGGAUGCCUUUUACCAACCCAGCCCGAAAGGAUGGCGCCAUGUUUUUCCACUGGCGACGAGCAGCGGAGGAGGGCAAGGACUACCCUUUUGCCAGGUUCAACAAGACAGUACAGGUGCCUGUGUACUCAGAGCAGGAGUACCAGCUCUACCUUCAUGAUGAUGCCUGGACUAAGGCGGAGACUGACCACCUCUUUGACCUCAGCCGCCGGUUUGAUCUGCGCUUUGUAGUCAUUCAUGAUCGGUACGACCACCAGCAGUUCAAGAAGCGCUCUGUGGAGGACCUAAAGGAGAGGUACUACCACAUCUGUGCCAAGCUUGCCAACGUGAGGGCUGUGCCAGGCACAGAUCUCAAAAUACCAGUGUUUGAUGCCGGGCAUGAGAGACGGCGGAAGGAGCAGCUGGAGCGGCUUUACAAUCGGACCCCAGAGCAGGUGGCAGAGGAGGAGUAUCUGCUGCAGGAGCUGCGUAAGAUCGAGGCCCGGAAAAAGGAACGGGAGAAACGCAGCCAAGACCUGCAGAAGCUGAUCACAGCAGCAGACACCACUGCUGAGCAGCGGCGCACAGAACGCAAGGCCCCCAAGAAGAAGCUACCCCAGAAGAAGGAGGCUGAGAAGCCGGCUGUUCCUGAGACUGCAGGCAUCAAGUUUCCAGAUUUUAAGUCAGCAGGUGUCACACUACGGAGCCAGCGGAUGAAGCUGCCUAGCUCUGUGGGUCAGAAGAAGAUCAAGGCGCUGGAGCAGAUGCUGCUGGAACUUGGUGUGGAGCUGAGCCCUACCCCCACAGAAGAGCUGGUGCAUAUGUUCAACGAGCUGCGGAGUGACCUGGUGUUACUCUACGAGCUCAAGCAGGCCUGUGCCAACUGUGAAUAUGAGCUCCAGAUGCUGCGGCACCGGCAUGAGGCCCUGGCUCGGGCAGGCGUGCUGGGCCCUGCCACACCAGCAGUGGGACCAGCCCCAGCCUCUGCUGAGCCAGCAGGGGCUGAAUCUGGACUUGGUCUUGACCCCACCAAGGACACUAUCAUUGAUGUAGUGGGUGCGCCCCUGACACCUAAUUCGCGGAAACGACGGGAAUCUGCCUCCAGCUCAUCUUCUGUGAAGAAAGCCAAGAAACCAUGAGGGGCUGUCAGGGUU